CGCCCCCCGGUUGUUGCUGCAGCUCGCCUGACACACCAGAGAGAUAAUAGCUCUGCAUGGGACAGUCUGCAAAAUAAAGUCACAGGAAGCAUUUUAUUUAAUCGCGAACGCCGUGUUUCUGUUUGGAUUCCAUCUGGGUUUAUGGAUUUCAGCCAAUCUGGAUUAUUAAUCCCAUCCUGACUGCAGGAGGACGACUCGCCCAGACGCCGCUUCCACAUUAGCGCUACAAUGUAUCACACAUUACGGACGUUUUUACUCUCAAACGCUCGGUGCUGGGAUGCCGACAGUGAGAGGACAUAUCAGAACCUGUUUGAUAGGCUGGAUACCAAUAAAGAUGGAAAGGUGGACGUCGCUGAAUUACGUGCGGGCCUCAAGGCGAUGGGAGUAUUCCGCCAGGGUGCUGCACAGAAAAUUGUGUCAUCUGGUGACCAAAACAAAGAUGGGUGUCUCGACUUCAACGAGUUCUCCAAGUAUCUGAAGGAGCACGAGAAGAAGCUGCGGCUCACGUUCAAGAGCCUGGACAGAAAUAACGAUGGGCGCAUUGAUGCCUCAGAGAUCCAGCAGUCACUUGGAGAGUUGGGAAUAGAUAUCAGCCGAGAGAAUGCCUUGAAAAUAUUACAUAGUAUGGACAUUGAUGGAACAAUGGUGGUGGACUGGAACGAGUGGAGAGAGCACUUCCUGUUUCGCUCGGCACACAACCUGGAAGAUAUCAUACGCCACUGGAAACACACCUCGGUGCUGGAUAUAGGCGACAGUCUUGCCAUCCCAGAUGAGUUCACAGAGGAGGAGAAGAGCUCAGGCAACUGGUGGAAGCAGCUUGUUUCAGGCGCUGUAGCGGGGGCUGUUUCUCGCACCGGUACUGCUCCACUGGACAGAAUGAAAGUCUUUAUGCAGGUUCAUUCUUCUAAAACCAACCGGAUAAGCCUGACAGGAGGAUUCAAGCAGAUGAUCAUAGAGGGAGGUCUCACCUCUCUGUGGAGGGGAAACGGGAUCAAUGUUUUAAAGAUCGCACCUGAGACGGCAAUCAAAUUCAUGGCGUAUGAACAAUAUAAGAGGUUGUUAUCUUCAGAGGGUAAGAAGAUAGAGACGCACAAGCGGUUUAUGGCCGGCUCACUCGCCGGAGCCACUGCACAGACGGCCAUCUACCCAAUGGAGGUAUUGAAAACUAGACUGACGCUGAGGAAAACUGGCCAGUACUCAGGAAUGUUUGAUUGUGCCAAACAAAUCCUGAAGAAGGAGGGCUUGAAGGCUUUCUAUAAGGGUUACAUCCCAAACUUAGUGGGCAUCAUUCCCUACGCUGGGAUAGACCUCGCUGUCUAUGAGAGUCUGAAGAACUUCUGGUUGUCGUACCACACCACAGACUCUGCUAACCCUGGAGUUCUGGUGUUGGUGGGCUGUGGGACCAUCUCUAGCACCUGUGGCCAGUUGGCCAGCUAUCCGCUCGCACUUGUACGCACACGGAUGCAGGCAAAAGCAUCUCUGGAUGCGUCAGACCAGCCCUCCAUGAGCAGUCUGAUGAGGACAAUCGUAGCUAAGGAUGGAUUUUUCGGACUCUACCGAGGCAUCCUACCAAACUUCAUGAAAGUAAUUCCUGCUGUCAGCAUUAGCUAUGUGGUUUACGAGUACAUGAAGACUGGCUUAGGAAUCUCCAAAUGAGGCUGCACGCAAAAGACAAAAUAACAUUCUACUGUAUCCGUCAGACUUGAAAAUGGCUGGAAAAAAAAACAUCAAGAAAACAGAUGGACAUCACACAUACAGAGCAUGAUUUCUGUUACCUGGAUUUAUAAGGAAAGAAAGACAUUGCACUGAGGAUUGUGUGUUGGAAACUUAGGCAACUUAUGUUGUGAGCAUGCUUUAAGUCUUAACCUAUUAUUACAUAAAACAUGAAAUGUACACGCCAUCCACAUUUAUGCUUGACACAAAGAUGGCAUGUACAUAAAAACAUACAUAAAGAGUUAAUAUGAUUGGUUGAUUAAUUUAUCCUACUGUGAUCAAACCAAAUGGUAGCUAAAUGGGGAAUACUCUUGUGCUUUUUGUUAAAAAAAAUAAAUAUUUUCCUAAAAGAAGAUAGAGCUUCCAGUGUUUAUACACAGCUCUGUUAAUGUUUUGUUUUUAAGUCAGAAAGAGGAAUAAUGACACUAUGCCACUUUAAAUAUGAGUCCGCAUCCUUUAAAGGUAUUUAACACUAUUAAGUUGGAAGUACUUGUUCUAGAGUGAUAUCCGCUCCAGAAAAACAGUGCUCAGCUCCUAACUAAAAAUACAUCGCCCUGAAAAAUCUAUAACCUGUCAACACUGGAAACUGUAUGCAUGAAGACAUGUAUGAUGUGAAUUCACAAAUUCCAUUUUGUGUGUCAUUUGAUGAUAACUUAAAUGUGCCUUACAACCA